UGCAUUUCUUCUGUUUUCGCAGAGCUUUUUUUCUAUACGUAGGUUUUUGUUGGUUUUUUUUUCUUUCUUUUUUUUCGUUUUGUUUUAACUUGUGCUUGAUAUGUCUGGCCGCGGGAAGCAGGGCGGGAAGGCGCGCGCCAAGGCCAAGUCGCGCUCGUCGCGGGCCGGGCUGCAGUUCCCCGUGGGCCGCGUGCACCGCCUGCUGCGCAAGGGCAACUACGCGGAGCGGGUGGGCGCCGGCGCCCCGGUGUACCUGGCGGCCGUGCUGGAGUACCUGACGGCCGAGAUCCUGGAGCUGGCGGGCAACGCGGCCCGCGACAACAAGAAGACGCGCAUCAUCCCCCGGCACCUGCAGCUGGCCAUCCGCAACGACGAGGAGCUCAACAAGCUGCUGGGCAAGGUGACCAUCGCGCAGGGCGGGGUGCUGCCCAACAUCCAGGCCGUGCUGCUGCCCAAGAAGACCGACAGCCACAAGGCUAAAGCCAAGUAAAACUCUUUCAGCAAACAAUCCAAAGGCUCUUUUCAGAGCCACCCACGUCUUCCUGAAAAGAGCAGGAGCACCUAAGCCUCUAAAUAUUCUCCUCUCUGGGAACUGUGUUUUGAUAUAUCUAGAAACUUUUUAGAUGUCAAAGGAAGGUUUCUGAAGCAUAUUUUUUCUAUGUGUAUUUUCAACUGUGUUUUGCUGGUCGGUGUAGGUCCCUGUAUUUUUCUUUUGUCUAAAAAGUCGAUGUACUUAUGUAAACCUUUCUCAGUUUCGCUUUUUUGAAAAAUCAAUGGAAGGCAGCAGUU